AUGCUCAAGAAAAGCACCAACGCAACAGGCAACACAACGCAAGUAAUAGCAAGCUGCCAUGUGCUCUUACAAGAUCUGUAUUCUCCUCGAGACCAGAACGGCAAUCGUAUUCUGGCCCUGGAGUGUGAUCAACCAGGCCAAUACACAAAUGAGCGCCCCUUCAUUGAAACGAAAAUGGCUUCGGAAAUGUCAUCUAAUUGGGACCAGGCUGCAUGUUUUUCGUCAGUUGAAGAUACAGCCGUUUGGAUCUACGGAAAGCCGCAAGCAUCCAAAGCAUUGCGAGACUACGAAGCAAUGACGAGAAAGACUGUUCAUCGAGACCACAGACUUCAGCAACGAGGCUCGUUACAUUAUCUACGCUUGCUCGCUGGCAGGUUUUCUGUGCAGCGAGGUUCUAGUCAUGGCAUGUGUCUAUUGGUUGACACGAACAAGAAGAAGCGGACGAUCUGCGUCGCCUUCACACAUAAGUCCUCAUUGAAUUUAUGUCGUAUAAUAUUGUAUUGA